GUAGCAGGUUCUAAACAAUCUGCUCUUUUACUUCUCACUUCCUCUUUUUUUUACUUUUCCAUCAGCCACUGCGCAGACAUAACCUUGUAAAUGUUGAUAGGCAUUACAAUAAUAAGACCAAUAAUAAUAACAACCAUUCUAUUUCAUUUUUUCAAUACAAUCAUAAAAAUAAAUUAUAAGAGUGAGAGACUUUUCAUACUGAAAUUGGAAUAAUGUGUGUCUUGGAAAGUUUUUCUCAGUGAAAGUAAUGAGAAUAAUUGCGGAGAGAUUCGCUCCUUAUUGAGGAUGCUAUUUGACGAAAAAAUCACAUGACGACUUGUUAAAGCGUCUCUCCUCAUCAUUAUUAUUAUGAUAAAUCGCCUGCAAAAUGCCACAUCCAUGCGUAGUAUGUGGCCGUUCCCGCAUGAAUCCAAACAACCGCGAAGAGGAAUACAUGUUCUUUGGUUUCCCUGUGAACUACGACACUCGUUGCCUCCAAUGGUUAGAGUUUUGUUGUCGUGAAGAUCUUUACAAGCUCACUAAAAAACAACUACUCCAGCGCAUGGUGUGCUCUAAGCACUUCGAAAGAAGUUAUUUCCUAAACGACUACUUUGACAGAUUGAAUUGCCAAGCAGUUCCCACUAUCUACGAUCCUAAACAAAGUCUCUACAAUAUCACAUGCGUCCUGUGCGGAAGAUACCGCAAGGAUCCGCCAGACCCAGACGACGAUGGCACAACAUUCCAUCACUUUCCAGGAGAGGAAUUUAGAUGUCUCAAGUGGUUGGACUUUGUUGGUAUUGACUCUUAUUAUCGCCUUACGAGAAAGGAAAUUCUCUAUUGCUACAUUUGCUCCCAUCACUUUGACAGAUCACAAUUUAUGUCUGGAUAUGGCAACAGACUGAUAGACAAUGCAAUACCAAACAUUAGAAAUCCUGAGGAACUGACCAAUGACGAUAAAUAUGCCCUGAAAGUCGACUUGGAUCAAAAAUAUUUUCACCAGCCUGAGAAACUGAAGAAACUUGAUCCAUUACCCCCAGCUGUUCUUGACAGCCAGGCGUGCGCGGCCUGUGGUCGAUCCCGAGCUGAUCCUCGAAAUAAAAUUGAAAAAUAUAAAUUCCAUCCCUUUCCUGCUUACGAAAUUGGCAGAUGUUUGAGGUGGUGUCAAUUUUUGGGACGAGAAGAUCUUUUGAAAAUGUCCCCCAACCAGAUUCGAAAACUCGUCCUGUGUUCCAAGCACUUCCUCGCUGGGCAAUCCUUUCAGAAGGUUGGCCCCUGCGAUGCUGUACCAACGAUCAAAGAGGUUGAAGAGGGAAAAAAUCCUGAGGUGAUCAUCAUGGAAACCGAGCCCUCAGUUUUUCAAGAUGUCGAUUUGCAUCGAACGAGUUUAACUCAGCUGGGGAAAAGUAAGGAAAUGAGAGCUGUAGUGUCGAGUAAGAAACCCUUCAUCAUGAAUAAGCCGGCGCCCUUGGGGAAGAAGAGAGGUAAGCAGAAACGCCCCACGUCCAUCAAUAUCCCCAAGCCCGUGCAGUUGAAUGACAAUAGAAUUCUGAGGAAACUUCCACUACCUCCAGCUUCUAAUAAUUGGAAGCUUCAGUUUCCCAAUCAGUUUCAGCCGAUUACAAUCGCCAACAAUAUCACACCAGUAACUAAUAUCUCAACUGAUGCAAAGAAAGUCAUUCUCCCUUUUACUGGUAACAUUUCGACCUUGGGGCAACCAAUUCCAGUCUCCAGUCUAUCCAGCAUUCCACCCGGAUUUCUCAUUAAGAUCAAUUUGCCUGAGCAAGAGAAAAAAGUUGUAAGGAGGGGCAGGCCUCCCAGAAAAAAAGAUGGAGAAUUCGAUCAGCAGGAAAGAAAGAGCAGAAGUCGAGCCAAAAAUCGAAUGUCUGAAAAUAUCGGGGCCUUUCAAAAAACAACUAACGUCAAUGAGGAGAUUCAUCAUUUCGUAGGGGAUCGCGAUGAUCACGAGGACUUUGCUGAGCUCCUCAAGUUCUCAGAACGCCUCGACGUUCAUAAACACGAGAUACUGGAUGACAAGUGUAUCAUUGAAAGCGUUGAGGAGGAACAUGCAGACAUUGAGACUCUGGAUGAGCAAAUCGAGGAUUCUAUGGAAGAAUACAUGGAGGAGUUGGAGUACGAAGAGAAGAAGGAGUGUUUCGAGAUGAUGAGUGAAAAAGUGGUGCCAACAUUAAUAAACGAGGAACAUCAAGAUGAUCAUGCUGAUAUUCCGGAGAACAUUCAUAUUAAUGAUAGUUUUAAUGAUAAUUUUCAUGAUGAUUUAGUUAAAGGAAAUGGAAGCAGGCACCGGGGGACAAAGAGACGGAUGAAAAGGAUGAGUGCCAGGAGCAGGAGGACAUUAAUUCCAAUUAGACGUGAAGUUGAGGGAUUUCUUAAAAAACUUAAACCACUCACGCAAAGACUGCCGAAGAAAGCUAGGGCACAGCUGAAACUAUCGAUUGUUACUAUGGUAAUUGAUCAUCUGUGAGUUGGGAUAGAUGAGAGGAUGAAGGGUGCUAGAGUGCACUUAAGGGGGGGGAGGAGAAAAUAGAAAGAUAUUUUCUGGAAAAAUUCUAGUACAAGUAGACUGGAAAAAUUACACUCCGAUUUUUCAUCCAGUGGAGGAAUUUACUCUAUAUUUGAGAUAUGAUUCACAAUCAGAGGCAUUUCCAGUGCUUCUGUACCUUUCUAUGAGGUUGAUAGAAUUGUAAGAUCUGUGAAGAUUUUUUUUUUUUUUUUUUUUUUUCUCCCAAGAUGAUGAAAAAGAAUAGCUUGAGAGGAUAAGAAAAAACUAAAGACGUGUUCAUAUUCGGAGAGUUUCAGAUGAUUUAUCAGUUUGGUGUUAUUAAUGUUUUUGAAAUUAAAGCACAUUGAUGUUCAUUAUCGCUUAAUGUGUGAUAUUUUUGCAAAUAAAAGCACAUCGUUAAUGUGUUCGGAUUUUUUAAAACUCUGAUAUCGUUCAGUUUGAAAAAUGAGGGGCUCACUGGUCUAAAAUAAUGGAUUUGGAGUGUACGGAAACUUUUCGAAGAGAGCUUUUUAGAGUAGUAGAAAAUAUUUCCUGAUUUUAUUCACGAUGAAAAUUCUCUCUGAUGAUUUUACAGAAAUUUCCAUCGACAAUUAUUCUUAACCCAUUCUACAAAUUUUCUUCUCCCUUCUCCCACUGAUUCCCUUAACUUUUAGCUCGCCUUGAAGCCAAAGGGCUUGAAAAGGUGUCCAUCGCUCUCCUUGUUGGUUUGGUAUAUGAAGUACGAUUUCUUUAAAUUGACAUUAAGACUUUUGUCAUGAUUAACGAGAUUCCAUAUCGUUCGUGAUUGGAGUACUCGAGACUUGCGUACACUGCUGUAAAAUGUUUUCUUCUUCGUUGCGAUCUGAAGAAACAAUGUUAGUUAAAUCAAAUUGUUAUUUGCAACUAGUGAAUUAUUAUUUUAAUUGUAAAAUGAAGAGAUGACGUGAAAUAGGCCGAUAAUUAUUGAUAAUUCGCUCUAAGUAAUAAUCAGUGAAAUUUUAAAUAUUGCUAAAUUAUUGACCCAUCUUGUUUUAUCAAUUCAUUACUCAAGGCAAACCUUUCUCCUUAUUUCCUCAAUUUGACCCCACGUGAGAGUCGAUUUUUGAGAUUCUGAGAGGUGCAUCGUUGGGGCUUUCAUUUUUUUAUAGAGUCGAGUAUCACAGGCCUCCCAGGUUUUCAGGGUUUUUUGAAGAUCUACAGAAUUGAACAAAAAUACGUAAUAGAUGAGCGUUUGUAAUUAUUUAUUAUUUAGUUCUAUAUUAGCCAUUGGCAUUUACGAUAUGAAGAUUAGAUGAUCAGAGAAAUUUGGGGAGACUGAGUUCCAGGGCAGUUCUAAAACUUUGUUACAAAUUAGUUACUUUUUUUUUUUUGACUGAUCUUGAAUCCGCUGCGGUAUCGAAUCCACGCCUGGAGAGGAGGUAUAUUGUCGCACUGAGGGAGUUUUGCGAAAAGAUACCCUUCUUGGGCCAUUUCCCCUAAUGCUGCCUGAAUCAUUUAAUUGAAUGUAAAUAAAAUUUCCUCGAAGAAUUUCAUAUAUUCUGUAGAAUCUGCUGAUGAUGCUGCUAAUAGAAUUUUCAAUAAAACUUUUAUCAAUUUUUUUUAGCAAA